CAGCCACUUUGGAUCAUUACACCUGGAUGCAGCCUAUCUCACGAUGCCAGAGGAAGCCCCGGGAGAUCAGUCAUGCAGCACCUGAGCCAGGAUGGGACCCCCGCAGGUGGACCCAACGGCGGCCAACGUUUCCUUCUACCAGCCUUCCGUUCUCCUCAUGACCGGCAUUCCCGGCAUGGGCAAGAUCCACCACAGACUGCUCUCCAUCCCCUUCUGCUUGUUCUACCUCGUCGCCAUCUCGGGGAACUGCACCAUCCUCUUCAUCAUCAAGAGAACGCCAAGUCUCCACGAACCCAUGCACUACUUCCUUUCCAUGCUGGCCGUGGUGGAUCUGGGGAUGACGAUGUGCACGCUUCCCACCACGCUGGGCCUCUUCUGGUUUGACAUCAGGGCCAUCGGGUUUGACGCCUGCCUCACCCAGAUGUAUUUGAUCCACGUCUUCUCCGUGCUGGAGUCCUCCGUGCUCCUGGCAAUGGCCUUUGACCGCUUUGUCGCCAUCUCGCGGCCUCUGAGGUACAGGGCCAUCCUGACCACAGCGACCAUCAUCAAGAUAGGCCUGGCCUCGUUGUUGAGAGCGGUUGUCUCUCUCCUGCCCCUCCCCUUUCUCCUCAAGAGGCUCUCGUAUUGCACCAAGAACAGCCUCUCUCACUCCUUUUGCUUCCACCCGGACGUGAUGAAGCUGGCCUGCACGGACGAUGUCACGGUCAACGUUCUGUACGGCUUAGUGGUCAUCCUCAUAACCGCGGGCAUAGAUUCCAUCUUCAUUGUGCUCUCUUACGUGCUGAUUAUCCGGACCGUCGUCAGCCUCGGGGCCACAGGGAAGUGUUGGAAGACCCUGAACACGUGUGUUUCUCACAUCUGCGCCGUGUUGAUUUUUUUCAUCCCUAUGAUUGGCCUCUCCCUGCUCCACCGGUAUGGCAAGAAUGUCCCCCCGAUUGUAAGCACCGUGGUUGCCUACGUCUACCUCAUCGUGCCCCCCGCUCUGAACCCCAUCAUCUACAGCGUCAAAUCCAAGCCGAUCCGGAAAGCCAUCUGGAGGCUGCUGCUUUGGAAGAUGGACGCCGUCUGAAACAGGGGUGGCGCUUCCUCCCCAGGGAGU